AUGGAGGCUUUUCCAUCUCAUUCAUUGCCAUCCUCAUCACCGGAGUUACAAUCUCAUCCCCACCACCAUCAUCAUGAAGAAUGUACAAGCAAGGCUUGUCAAUUGGAACAUGAUCAUUAUCACCAUCAACAACAUGAUCAUCAUGAAACAACAACAGCAAAACAACAACAACCCACUCAUCGGAAGAAAAAUUCAGGAUGUCUUCUCUGUUCCACCAUCAUGAUUAUGAAUCCAUUCCCCGAAUCGAAUAAUGUUGACGAUUAUGAACCAACGAAAUUUGAAGAAGCCAUCAAUGUUCUGACUCAUACAUUACCCAUCUUGUUUUUCGCUUACUUUUCUUACAAGAUGUAUGAACAAGAUAUUAUUAAUUCUGGACAAGAAUUAUUUGUUGCAAUUGUGUAUUGUGUCGGAAUGGUGAUAUUAUUUGCGGUAUCAUCCAUGUAUCAUGUUGCUUGUUUUUUGUAUGGAAAGAAUGAUCCAAGAGUGGAUGUCUUUCGAGCAAUGGACUAUUCAAUGAUUUAUAUUUUCAUUGGAGCUUCAUACACACCGUGGCUCACUUUAGUGGAAUUUGGAGAAGGUGGAUGGAUUGGAAACGUGAUGGCCGUAGCUGUUUGGACCAUUGCAGCGUGUGGAUUGGCAAAAUCUUUCAGCAAAAAGUUUCUUGCAAGUAUUGACGGCAUUGUGCUGUUGAAUUUGAUGGGUUGGAUUGCAUUCUUUAUUAUUCCACCUGCACUAUUCACACAUGUUCCCAUUGAGGCAUUUCUAUUCCUAUUUAUUGGUGGAAUCUUCUAUUCUGGUGGAUGCUUCUUACUGAAAUAUGGAGAUGGAAGAGUUCCAUGUGCUCACGGCAUUUGGCAUUGUCUUGUGAAUAUGGGCGUAAUGUGUCAUUUCCUUGUCUUGUAUGAAUACUUGAUGAAUCUUGAUUCUCACUUCUUACCAGGUGUUGAAAGCCCCUUAAUGGUUUAUCAACAAGUAGCCGCUGCAUUCCAGAAUACCAGAAAGUGGCAUCUUCCAAAACUCAAUGUUUUGUUUGGAUUUUAA